CACCGUCACUUUCGUUCCCCUUGUGCGUGUGUCAGCUGCUACCGGAAUUUUCUGUCUUUUUCUUAGGUUUUUGUUCAUAUUUAUCUAUAAUUUUAAACUGUAAAAUAGCUUGAUGACAUUAGUUGGGAUACGGUAGUACGAUUGUGUAAAAUGGAUUUAUUAACGCGAAGUUAACGAAAGUGAGGGUAUUGUGUCAUCGUCUGUAGCUGUCACUAUGGGGAAGAAGAGGGUUAAGGACCGCAGCUCCAAAGAGGACGACGAUAUUGACUUGUCAGGUCCAUCUUGUCGACAUAUAAAAAAGGGAACUGACCAAGCCAUUGUGAAGAAGCUCUCUGGGACUGAAGACUGGACAAAGUGCCAGGAUUGCCACAGUGACGACAAAGACGACAAAAACACAUCAGAGGAAACAGAGACGGAGGAGAGUGGACCAAUAUGGAUGUGCCUGAAAUGUGGACACAGGGGCUGUGGAAGACAUUCUGAGAAUAAACAUGCCAUCAAACAUUACGAGACACCGCGCUCGGACCCUCAUUGUCUAGUGGUCAGUCUGGACAACUGGGCUGUCUGGUGCUACAUCUGUGACGACGAGGUGCAGUUCUCUCAGACGGGGCUUUUAGCUCAGCUGCUCACCAACCUCAAGAAACUGACAUCCACAGAAUCAUCCAAGAGGCCAAAUAAAAAGAUAAAGGAAGACGUGUCAGAAGUGGAGCAGAAACUGGAUGCUCUGAAACUAGAAGACAGUGAGGAGCAGGAAGAAAAUAAAGAGAAUGAGGAGCAGCCCAAAAAGAAGGAGACCAAGCGAGAGGGUCCAGCCAAGUCCACCAAGCCCAGCGUCGCCAAACCCAGCGUCACCAAGCCCAGCGUCCCAGAGGAGGGGAGGGGUGUCCCUGUGAAGGGGCUCAGUAACCUGGGCAACACCUGCUUCUUCAAUGCAGUCAUCCAGAAUCUCUCCCAAACCCACAUCUUAAGAGACACUCUGAACAAAGUCAUAGAAGAGAAGAUCACACUUAACAUUCAACCUGAUAACUCUUCUAAUCUGGAGCCAGUGUCAGUCCAUCUGGAAAAGUCUGGACCCCUGACAUUAACCAUGUGCCAGCUCCUCAAUGAAAUCCAAGAAUCUAAGAAGAACGUCGUAACCCCACGUGAUCUGUUCACACAAGUUUGUAAAAAAGCGGCCAGAUUCAAGGGCUUCCAGCAGCAGGACAGUCAGGAGCUGUUGCGCUACCUGCUGGACGGAAUGAGAGCCGAGGAAAUCAAAAGGGCGAGUUCGGGGCUGAUGUCGUCAUUAAAAGAAUCCAAAAAAGGAAGUGAGGAGCAGCUGAAAACACUAGUCAAAGAAUAUGAAAAGAACGCGUUCCCGAAAAACUUUGUGGAUCAGGUUUUUGGAGGGGAGAUGACCAGCACUGUCAUGUGUCAGCAGUGUAAGACGGUGUCAGUCGUCAAAGAGAUGUUUCUGGAUCUUUCUCUUCCUGUUUCUGAUGAGGCCUAUAGGAAAAAGUUCCAAAAGAAACCCGCCCAAAAGUCCAAUAAUGUGGUAGAAGACGAGAGGGACAGCCCAGUUCUGACCAACGGGACCGAUGACAUGCCCAGUGGCAGCAAAUACCAGCAGAAGAAGGCCAAGAAGCAAGCCAAAAAACAAGCUAAGCAACAAAAAAGACAGCAGAAACUUGAUAGUAAAACCUCUUUAGGCAGCCUAACCUCCCCUCAAAGCAAUGGCAACACGCAGCACGAUGAAGAGAACAAAGAGACUGAAUCCCAUGAAGAAAAAGCCAGUGGAGAAGAACCUUCAGGCGAGCUCAUGGACGCCAACUCUGAGCCGAAAGACCAGAACGCUACCGUGGGAGAAAACGAGGAAGAGGAGAAGGAGGACGAGGAGGAAUCAACCACCAGCAACCGCUUUACCCUCCUGUCAGAAGAGCAACCCAAUGGCAGCACUUUAGACAAAACAUCUGACUCCGUUCAAAACGAAGAGACCAAUUUAGAGGAAGAUCUAGACCAAGCGCUUAUAGAAGACUGUGAGAAGGUAGCGGAUGAGAGCAUGGAGUGUCACGAAGGGGAGCCAGUGGAGCCAGGGGAGUCAGGGGAGCCAGGGGAGCCCGCAGAAUACACCGUGGUGAACCAGGACCCAGACUCUGCCUUCCAAACCCUGGCCCAGAGGACGGCCCCGGAGAAGCAGGAGUGUUCAGUGAGGUCCUGCCUGUUCCACUUCUCCGAGGUGGAGACGCUCACCCAAAACAACAGCCUGCUCUGCCUCACCUGCACCAAGCGCCAGCACCGCCCAGGCAAAGGAGGAGAUUCCAAGAAGAAUGUGUACACCGAUGCUUUGAAGCAAAUGCUGAUUUCCUCUCCCCCUCCUGUGCUCACACUGCAUUUGAAAAGAUUCCAACAGAACGGCUUCAGUAUUUGUAAAGUAAACCGGCACGUCCAGUUUCCAGUGGUAUUGGAUUUGGCUCCUUUCUGUGCGCUAAACUGCAAGGACGCGGAGGAGGGGGACUGUAAGAUCCUGUACAGUCUGUAUGGUAUAGUGGAGCACAGUGGGACAAUGCGCUCCGGUCACUACACGGCCUAUGUCAAAGUUCGGCCAAAGUUUGCCCAGUCCCAGUCCAAUGGCAUUUCUGCACAGGGCGAGACGGAGCCUGCCAAAGGAUCCUGGUUCCACAUCAGCGACACCAGCGUCCAGCCUGUGAGCGAGAGCAAAGUCCUGGGCUGUCAGGCCUACCUCCUGUUCUACGAAAGGAUCCACUGAAGCACCGAGUGAGGACUUAAAGGUGAACUGUGUAACUUUUCUGUUGGAGGGUCUGUCAAAUGCUUUUCUCCAAGAAGAUGUUAUUGCUCUUUCUGGAAUGUUUCACAGUAUGGUGUUAAAUCUGUCUGUCUUCAUGGAGACCAAACCAGCCCAAAUAAAAGGUCAGAUCUGUGGAGAGGCGACCCCACUCACAGUCAGAAUACCUGUUUUUCUAGGUAUUUUUGAGCUAUAAAACCACCUGUAAUUGUAAAGUAGAGCUUUUUAAUGUCAUACUGUGGAAUAUUCCAGGCAGAGCAAUGACAUAUCCAUAGAAACAAUCAGGUGAUGAACCCCCAAACAAAAAGUUACAUAGUGCAGCUUUAACCUGAGGACCAGUGAGUGUUUUAAUACGCUUCAGCCUAAUCGAAAUCAACAAUAUCAAGAACAUUUUCCGUUUUCUAUCAGGCAAGUGUAAAGAUCAUGCUAUAAUAAUUUGUACAAAUGUUUAUUUUUUAGCAAUGCCAUGAAAUUAAAUGUUUUAUAAAGAAA